GGUCAGACACGUGUCAGAUGUGACAUGUGACUCAGUGGGUCAAGCUCAGACUGCUCCCCGACAUGUGAGGCUUGUUCCUGCGUCAACCAGCCGCCCUUCUCAUUCCGGAGCUCCGGUUCUUAAGGUGCAGUUGACCCGGGGAACAGGCAGCCACAGCCCGGGGAACAGGCAGCCACAGCCCGGGGAACCAUGCGAUCCUUAGCGGGACUCGUGGCCAUCGUGGCGGCGGCGAGCGUCUUCCUCUACCUGCUGUCCACUCACCUUCCCCCGGGACCCGAGCAGCUCCAGGCCCGGGGAGAGGACCGAGAGGACCGGGGACAGGACCGGGGACAGGCCCGGGGAGAGGACCGGGGAGAGGACCGGGCACAGGCCCGGGGAGAGGACCGAGAGGACCGGGGAGAGGAUCGGGGAGAGGACCGAGAGGAUUGGGGAGAGGAGCAGGGAGUCCGGGAGAACAGGCUGAAGUUCCCGUCGGACCUGGACGAGCUGCGGGAGCUCGCUGACACGCUCAAGUUCUACAAGAGAGAACAUCACGGCUACGUCCUGCUGCUGUUCUGCAGCGCCUACCUGUACAAGCAGUCCUUCGCCAUCCCCGGCUCCUCCUUUCUGAACAUGUUGGCCGGGGCGAUCUUCGGGCCGUGGGAGGGGCUUGUGCUCGCCUGCCUUCUCACCACGUUAGGCUCCACCUUCUGCUUCCUGCUCUCCGCUGCGUUCGGGAAGCAGCACGUGCUUCACUUCUUCCCCGACAAGGUGGCGCUGCUGCACAGGAAGGUGGAGGAGAAUCGUAGCAGUCUAUUCUUCUUCCUACUUUUCCUCCGUUUCUUCCCCAUGACUCCUAACUGGUUCCUUAACAUCACCUGUCCUGUCCUCAACAUCCCAAUGCCCAUUUUCUUCUUCUCUGUGCUCAUAGGUUUGAUUCCCUACAACUUCAUCUGCGUGCGUACGGGCUCCAUGCUGUCGGAGAUCACCUCCCUGGACGACAUCUUCUCCUGGAGCACGCUGGCCCAGCUCCUCGCCAUAGCCCUCGUGGCUCUCGUCCCUGGAGCGCUGAUCAAACGCUACAGCGAAGGUCACCUCAAGGUGGACGGCAUGGACGGCAAGGGAAGCAGUCGGGAGGAAGUCAAGAAGGAGCGGAAGAGGCGAUGACGGAGAAGCUCACUGGGACUGUCGGGGGGGAAGAAGCUCUCUGCUGGAGGGCACGUGACAUUAUGUUUAUUCCAGAAACUUGAUGUUUUCAAGGUCACCACACGAGAGGCUCGUCGUUCAUAGUUAGAAAUCUCCUCAGGUCAAGUUACAGCAGACGUCUUCAGCAGUGAACUGUGGACAACGUCCACUUGUCUUUCACAUGAAGGACGCAGCAGGAGCUUCACCGGGUCGUUGGAAUCUCGUCGGACCUUCAAGUUGACAUCGUCGUUGUUGCUUCUACGUGCAUGGAUCCUCUUUAUUUUCAGUUUUGCGUUUUUCACGUGUUAGAAGCGUAUUUUGUCCGGACAUAUUCCUUCUGUAUUCUCUCGUGGACUCACUUCACUCGGGGCUGGCAGGAGAAACUGCGGUGAACGUCCAGAGUCACCGACUUGGACUCUUUACGUUGUCACGUGCAGCCGCUCCAGAUCCUUUCAGGAGAAUAUCAGUGCAGGUCAGAAUCCAGGGUAAGAUUUGAUCUUGGAUCCUUUAAUUUACAAGAAAAAAGUCUUAAAUGUACUGUGGUUGCCUUGGAGACGACUCAGUCGUUUGUAUCGUGGGCGAAUGUGCAGCUUUAAAACAAGAAAUCUCAUUAGACCUGUUUCUUCUCUUUACACAUGUUCAUUCAGUUUGUUAACGGUCUUUAAACUUCACUGAAAACCUGUUGUUCUGGUUUAUUCAGAUUCUGUAAAUGUAACAGACUCUGAGCGUCUGUUUUUCUUAAAGCACUCACUGUUGUGUCUUAAUGUCGCUGUGACUGCAGAUGACUUCUUACAGUUGUGAUCUUCUCACGAUCGUCUCUAUGGCCUGAAGGUUUGGGCUUGGGAUACAGGUUCUGCCAUCUUGUGGUUCAUCAUCUUGUGGUCAAUCAUUGACGUUAAAUUGUCUAAUUGAAAAGCUAAUUUAUCCAAAACGUCAACACUUGAAUGUAUAUCAGUGUUGAGAAGAAGUAUUUCGACUUUUUAAUUAAGCCCAUGUCCCAAAUAUUGUCCCAAAUAUUGACAUCAAGAUGCUUUGGCCUCACUUUUGGGAAGUUGUCAUGUUUUCCAUCUAGAAAUGUUCCAACAAAUCCUGUUGUAUCCUCCUGAAGUCACAGAGUCGUACUUCAAACUGUUUACUGAUGAUUCCUGCCAGCAGUUACACUUAACCUCUACCAGAACCAGCAAAGUGCCUUGCUCAAGAGCACAUUAACAUCCCCUGUGGGAGAAGUUUACCAGUCUUAUAACACACAAUAUGGAUGUUCAGUUGUGUGUUAACCCUGUGGAAGUUGUUGUGUAUUAUUCGUAUCAUCUUGUAAAAGAAAAACACUUUUUGGUUUUAAGCUCUUCUUUAAAAGUAUUUAAUAUGUAGACAUCUGAAGAAGAUCCCAUCUUUAUCUUCUGUGAACUUCAGGCACUUGAUCUACUGUUUGAUUUGAUUAGACUGGAGUUGUACUUUAUAUUUCUGAUUCAGUAUUUUUUAGAGCAGGGAUUCUGUAGAAAGUUGUCUUUUAGCUUUUUAUAGAAAAUAUAAGCAUAUGGAGCAAUUUAUUUAUAUUUGGUGAACAUUUUGAAGGAAGAGCGACAGUUUGUUUCAUACGUUCUUGACUUUUUACACAUCUGGAUCAUCUACUGUAUAUUUCAGAGGUAUCAAUAUGAACCUUACUUCAAUAUGAUCUUAAGUAAAAAUGUAAAUGUUUAAUUUAGGAUAUCAGGGUUACAGGGUAUCGUCAUGUUGCUGUGAGAGCUCGGUGGUUCCAGUGUUAAAAAGUGCAAAAUACACAGUUUGUACUGUCCACUGCGACAGCUGAGAUAAAUAAAUGAUUUGUUUGCAGCUAAGUUUAAUAAAUGGUUUGUUUUUUUGCAUGGUGCAGUAGCAGGUGUUUGAAUAUCAAACGUGUCUUUCUUUUCCAGAGAAAGCUCCAAUGGGAGGAUACUUCCGUAUGUCAUGCACAGUGUUGCUCUGACUCCUGAAGGGCUUCGUGUGGGUCUAA